UCCUCUACGAUUUGGAUUUCAAGAGAUCCAGCUUUUUGGGUCAUUCUAUACAUAUGGUUUAUUUCUCAUGAUUAUUGGUCGAAAUCGCUUUUAUGAAUAAUUGUAUUUAAAAUACUUCUGGUAUAUCUUUGGGUUUAAAUUUUUUAUUAUGGCUUGGGUAUUAAUCAUUGGACUAUUAGGCUUACCCUUUAAAUCAACUUAGUCUUUUGUCUUGGUAGACAUCAAAUAAAUGCUGCCAUCUACUUCAGCUACAAAUUUCUAUGUACAUAAGCUUCUUGAACGUUACAUGAUGUGUAUCCUACAGCCCUAGUGAUCAACAUGUUGCUUACCUACACUAACUAUAUGCAUGUAUGCUUUGUGAUUGAAGGUGAACGUUGGUUAAUCUGGGUCCCACAUGAUGGCUCGUCCCGAUCAGCCCCUUUGGGUAUCUGCAUCUUUUUGAUUCGCUUAUACUAUUAAUCGAAAUUUGAGAUAAUUGUAAAUAUGAAAAAUAAAUCAAAAGUAGCUCAUAAGGCAACUUCGAUAUUGAGAAUAAUUCUAUCCAAUCAACAUUUGUUAGGAUACUCGUUAAUCGAAUUUAAUCAUGCAUAUGACUGAUAAGAAGACACAAAAUUAUUUUGCAUGAUAUAUUUCAAUAGAUUAAAUAUCUAAUUUGUAAGAAUUGUUUACUUCAAAUCUUUUUUAUGCUCAAGAAAUCUUUAAUCCACGUUAUCACCGUAAUUAUACAGCCCAGUCGAUCCCCUUUAAAUAUCACAAUGACAACGUUUGUGAGAGGUCAAAUCGUAGUACCUCAAUCGUUCCUCGCAUCGCGGCGCAGAGUCGCGGCUUCCCAAAACCCCCCACCUCUCGUUCAUCAUCUCUGCGUUCAUAAAACCCUAACGUCCGAUCGCUCCUUCCUUCUUCAUUCUCAUAUCCCCAAUCGCCGGAUUUCUCUUCUCUUCCAAGGAUUUCUUACGGAGGAACGACCGGCAGGCGCAAUCUUUCUUCGAGAACGACCCGCCAGAAACCUCUUACUUCUAGGGUUCAUCGGACGGGGGGGGGGCUUUUCCCUGUUCGAUUGUGCUCAUUGGGACCGUGCUCACAUCUCUAGGUUUGGAUUUCCUGUGGUCAACGCUGGCGGAGCCCACUGUCGGUUGAUGGCCGAUCGCCGCCGCUUGUCAGCUGUGGUGUUAGGGUUUUUUGAGCUUAGGUGGGAGGGAUUUGACGUCAGAGAGGUAUGCUGACCGUGUUACGGGUUCAUCUCCCGUCAGAGGUCCCCGUCGUUGGCUGCGAGAUUGCGCCGUAUGUUCUUUUGCGCCGACCGGAUGGUUCCGUCUUGAUCGACGAGGUACCCGAGCCUGCUCCGCUGAUUGGCUACUGCAUGAAGUACAAGUGGUACCGGAAUCAAGGUGAUCAAAAAGUUGCUAUAUGCAGUGUACAUCCGACUGAGCAAGCAACUCUGCAGUGCCUGGUCUGUCUUAAGGAGAAAGUACCUAUUACCAAGAGUUACCAUUGUACUCCUAGGUGUUUGUCUGAUGCUUGGCAGCACCAUCGUUCAUUGCAUGACCGAGCAAAGAAAACGGCAAAAGAAAAUGGAGCCGAAGAGGAAGAGUUGUUUGGACGCUUUAAUAGUAAUAAUGGUUCAAUUUCUAUGUAUCCUACAGCUGUUGCUGAAAAAACUGGAGAAGCCUGGUCUGAAGUUGGGUUUUCUAGGACAUAUACACCAACAUCUGAUGAUAUUAAUCAUGUUCUUAAGUUUGAAUGUGUAGCAAUAGAUGUGGAGACAAGAAAACAUGUUGGAAAUGUAAAUGCCAUUUUGACAGCACGUGUAAUUCCAGCUCCCUCUCCUACUCCACGUCACAUGAUUCCAGUGAAUGUAGCCCUCUCGGGGCAAUUGAAUCUAGAUGGUCGAAUAGCUUCAGGGACUUUCUCGGUGCUUUCAUACAACAUUCUCUCUGAUGCAUAUGCCACAAAUGAGGUGUAUAGCUACUGCCCAACUUGGGCACUUUCAUGGCCUUACCGCAGGCAAAACUUGUUGCGAGAAAUUAUUGGCUACCAAGCUGACAUAGUCUGUCUUCAGGAGGUUCAAAGUGACCAUUUUGAGGAAUUCUUUGCUCCAGAACUUGAUAAACAUGGGUAUCAAGCACUAUACAAGAAAAAGACUUCAGAGGUUUAUAGUGGCAAUCCAAAUACUCUUGAUGGUUGUGCUACAUUUUUCCGCAGGGACAGGUUUUCACAUGUCAAAAAAUAUGAGGUUGAGUUCAACAAGGCUGCACAGUCUUCAUCAGCUGGUCAGAAGAAAGUUGCUCUGAGUCGUCUGAUAAAGGAUAAUAUUGCCCUUAUUGUGGUUUUAGAAGCAAAAUUUACUAGCCGUGUCUCUGGUAAUCCUGGAAAAAGACAGCUAAUUUGUGUGGCAAAUACCCAUGUAAAUGUUCAUCAUGAACAUAAGGAUGUUAAACUUUGGCAGGUUCAUACUCUUUUAAAAGGAUUGGAGAAAAUUGCUGUAAGUGCAGAUAUUCCAAUGUUGGUCUGUGGAGAUUUUAACUCUGUCCCAGGGAGUGCUCCUCACGCACUUCUUGCAAAUGGCAAAGUUGGACCGUUGCAUCCAGAUUUGGCUGUAGAUCCCCUUGGAAUUUUGCGCUCUACAAACAAUUUAACUCACCAGCUUCCAUUGGUCAGCGCAUACUCAUCAUUUGCAAGAAUGGCUGGAGUCACUCCUGGUUUAGAGCAACAAAGGAGGAGGAUGGAUGCCUUGACACUCGAACCUUUGUUCACAAAUUGCUCCAGGGAUUUUGUUGGGACUGUCGACUACAUAUUCUACACAGCGGAUUCUCUAUUUGUGGAAUCUGUAUUAGAGCUCUUGGAUGAGGAAAAUUUGCGGAAGCACACUGCAAUACCUUCCCCUGAGUGGUCAUCUGAUCAUAUAGCGCUUCUAGCUGAAUUUCGCUGCAAGCCUAGAAUUAGAUGUUGAAACUAGUGGUUAAGCGACGAGGAGGCUAUAAAGUCGAGUCAAUUCAGGUUUUGAAACAUUGUACAUAUUAAUAUAGAGGGAAUUAUUGGUGAUAGAAUUGAAGAUAUAGCGACCAGACUCUUACUAAUUUAUCAUUGAUAUAGAAAACUAUAUUGAAGAUGUAAAGUGAGCUAUAAAUGAGAGUUUUUUUUCCCCUCCUCCAUCUCUUCUUUCAUUCAGAUUUAAUUGCUAUUUUUAUGUUUGAAAAACGCAGUGUGUUGUGGUAAGAAAUAGGAAUGAUAUUUGAGUCAUAGCCUUUUUCGUAUUUUGAUACCCCCACCCGAUCAGGUCUUUAAUCCUGAUUACUAUGGUUAAAAUUACUCGCCUACUGCUAAUGGUUUAGAUCGAGAGGGCUUCCCAACAAAUGGCAACUUUUCACAGAUACUUUUUCUGGAUUUGAGUUUCCUGGUUGUUACUGUGUUUUUGCCUUUUUUUUCUCCCCUAUUGUCAUAUAAAUUAUUCCUAGAUAAAUUCUUCUUCAAUCUGACAAGUACACGUAAUUAUAUUUAUUGUCAAUGCAGAUCGAUAUGAAUAUGUUAAUCUCUUGGUUAAGUUUGAGAAUACAUGUUGGUAUAGUUGGGAGUCUUGGAUACGAUAAAGCUCGCAUGUAAACUACUGUUAUUGUUUCUAAUCAACAUGUGGAUGAUAACUAAUGGAUUCUUUUUGGAUACAUGUAUCCAUAUCGAUCUGCUUAAGUUGGCUUAGGGUAUUAAUUAAUCCAGUGCAAAAGAAUGAGUAGAAAAACAAAGAAUGAGCUUCCUGGCGCAGAGAUAUAAUAAUAUGGACGACGAACAUGUGCGACACGAGGAACGCCGGGAUUCCCUGAGUUCACGUGGUACCCAUAUCGAUCUGCUUGAGUUGGAUUAGGGUAUUAAUUAAUCCAUUAUAAAAGAAUGAGUAGAAAAACAGGAACAAAUCAAGUUUAAUUUUUUGACCUACUUUGUUCCAUGUAUGCAUACGUUCACAAGGGCGUCGUACAUGAGCUUCCUGCGCAGAGAUAUAAUAUACAACGAGCCUCGGAGGAAGAGACGACGAACAUGCGCGACACGAGGAACGCCGGGAUUCCCUGAGUUCACGUGAAACACGAGCCUCUCCGGACGGAUCCGCUCCAAGCGCCUUUCGAAUCCAACAGCAGACGCGUCGGCCGAUCACGGCAUUGUCACGGCCACCUCUUGCUCCGACCUCAAUAGGGGAUCCCGCGUGGGCAUGUCCUCAUCUUUGCUGCGUCUGUUGCCGCUUCGACGUCUAUCCUGAUUGAAGGAAUGGGACUUGGGCCCCACUCAAACCAAUGGGAGAGAAAUCGCGGAGAGGAAGACGGGAGAAAAUUGGGACCCACCUGCGAGGUAGUCAAUUCCUCCAACAUCUACUCAGGUAAGAAGCGCGAGUAGAGUCAGAAAACUAUCGAGUACACCUACGUAGCAUGUAUCUACAUAUAGGUGCUCUCCUCAUGGAACCGUUACCCACCAAACAAUGGCGAGCCGCCUCCGUCUCUUCUCCGCCGCUGCGCUACUCCUCGUAGCCGUCCUCACCGUCUCGGCUGACGACGCGCACGACGUGCUCCAGGCAUUUGGGCUCCCCAAGGGGCUCCUUCCGGACUCGGUGUCGAGCUUCUCGCUCGCCGAGAAUGGCGAGUUCGUGGUGGAGCUCAGGGCGCCGUGCUACGUCCAGUUCACCGACCUCGUCCACUACGGGAAGACCAUCCGGGGUCAGAUCCGCUACGGCAUCAUCUCCGACAUUUCCGGGAUCCAGAUUAAGAAGUUCUUCGCCUGGCUUUCCAUCUCCGAUAUCGUGGCCCACCCCGCCGACGGCACCAUCGAGUUUCAGGUGGGCUUCCUCUCGGAGUUGCGUCCUGCGACGCUGUUCGAGAGCGUCCCUCACUGCAGGGCCAUUGCCUCCCCUCGUGGCGUGUUCUCACCGGAGGAGUUGCUCCCGCUCCCGGUUUCGGAGGUGUAAGUGCGAGAUCCUCCUCAGUGUUCGGCCUUUCGACGAACUCAAGCGAAAUAUGUACUUGAGGAAUAAGUUUGAAUCAUAAUGUGGUCUAUGUUACUUGUAUCUGUUUCUGGAAUUACUGCUCUAAAUAGCAAAAUAUAAGCCUUUUCGCCGUUAGAUUUACCUGUUCUAUAUCUACAUUUUCUUUUGACAAUGUUGAUGUCAGCAUCACAAGCAGAUUUACUAGCGCCAGGUUAUGAGAUAUCUGAAGGCCAGACUCUCCAGUAUGUGAACAUCAAAAAGGGCAGAACACCACAAUUCCAUUAUAUCUGGAAUGCUGAAAGCAAGCUGGUAUCAACAAGACAGACUGCAAGUGCUUUGAUUCUCUUUUCUUUUUCCUGUAGUUUCCUUUUAUGUGUAAUAUGGACUGGAAUCAUGUUGGAUGCAUGAGACUGUGAAAUGUUGGAAGAGAUAAUAAUAUUUGGGUGAGACAGAGAUAUGAUUGAGAAAA